GCAACACUGCGAUGACGUCACAAACCACGAAAAUCAUACGAAAGCUCUCUUUGUUACUUGUUGCAGCCUUGCAGGUCGAAUGUAUACAAAUUUUUCCUUUGUACUGUUGAAUUGUGCAUUUUAAAUUCGACUCGGUGUUGCGUAAAAAGCACGUUUAAUCUAAAAAGAGUUAAUUAAUACGUUUAUUCGAAAUAUUUAACGUACGAAUGGUUGCUCAAAAGCGUCGUGUGUGUUUUACUAACAGUUCCAUAUGCGAUUGUUGAUGUAACGAGCGGGUCAACGGUAACCGUAUUGUUCAUUAUUGUGGCUUUUUUCGCCGAUGGAUUCACCAUGGUAAUGUUGUUCUCAACAUGUGAAAUCCUCAAACACGUUUCCAAAUUACGCCACAACAACAACAAUAACAACAACAACAAUCUCCGUGUGUGAAAAAUACAUACGUACGAUAAAAAAAUAAUGUCGACCAGCUGCGCUAAUAUACCAUUCGUCGCAUCAUCUGUGCUUAGUCGUUACGCAGCAUCGCCUAUAGUCACCGCAUCGGUAUCAACGACCAACGAUCAAUAUUGGGACGACACAAACGAUACGAAACCGUCGCCGGCGGCGUUGACGUUGACGUUGGAUGAUGUCAAACAAAAGAUAUCCGUCAUCAAGUCGAAAUUUCACCAAGACCGUAAACUAUUGGUGAAACAUUUACCUCGUAAUGUUGUCAAACAAGAGAUAUCGCAAUUGUUAAGCGAUUACCGUAUAAAAUACAUUCAUAUUACGAGUAACGAUGAUACAUCGGGCACGGCGAUGGUGACGUUAGAAGAUCCGCACAUUUUAGAAGACUGGAACACGGAUAACCCGUUUUUUUUGCGCGGACAAAGCGUAUCGGUGUCGCCGACACCGACGGAAAUGCUGCUCUGUGUAGCUAGGCUACCGCUGUACUACGGCGAAGACGAAUUUUACAACAUGAUCAAGAGUUACGGCGAUAUAAAAACGUAUUUCUUGAUGAUCAGCGAAAAAACGGGUAAAAGUAAAGGAUACGGGUUCGUUCAGUAUACGAAUAAGGAACACGCGAUGGCAGCUCGUAACGCUCUCAACGAUAAAAUCGUCGAUACGUUCCGGUUAGUGUGCGACUGGUUGGAUUCUAGUCAUUUGACGCUUAAAUCGCUGCAUUCGAAAUGUCUGUACGUGGACAAACUGCCGAAUAAUUUUAGAGAUAUGGGCGAAUUUCGCAAAGUUUUCGCCAAAGUGGUCAAUCCUCCGUAUUGCCAAAUAGCGUUGAAAAACGGAUGCCCUCUAGAUUGGGGAUUGGUCGAGUACUUGACCGCCGAAGACGCCGAAUUGGCUCAAACCUCCUGUAACAACGUCCCGAUACGUAAUCAGCCCAUUAGAGUUGUAUUCUAUAUACCCGGAGUCAGAGCUAUAAACUUGUAUCUGCGUUUGUUGAACGAUAUGCCGCCCAAAGGUAAAUCGGCCGGAUUACUGCCCGAUCCCAGCGGUCAAUCUAUCAUGCAGUCUAUACAAAAUCUAUCCAAACAGAAUCCCAUAUUCGCUCAGAAUUUAAAGAAUAUUAUUCUACAUCAAAUUCAAGAGUCGAAAUUAUCCAAAGAUGACGAUUCGCAGUCAGCUCCCACCUCGAAAUCCGCUCAAGAUACCAAAAUCAUCGACAGAAUGCCACCUACUCAUGGGGUAGUGAAAAAUGGUAAAUUGCUGGAAGAGAAACUCGGUCCUUCACCGCCGCCACCUUCUAACGUCGCUAGUGCCGCAGGCAUCGUGAAUACUUUACCGAUGAUAAACGCUAACGGAUUCGUAUCUCAGACGGCGGUUCCGACGAUCGUUGCCAAUACAGCCGUACCUCCUCCGCUGGUAGAAAAGCUCGCAGCGUACCCGAGACCUUUGUCUAUAAACGUCAAAGAGAAACCACCUGGCGCAGCAGCAGCCUGUUUGAAUCCUCAGCUAUUCUGGAACGAUCUAAUUUCGCCUACAUCUUUUCAUCAACUCAACGGCGCCUAUACUCCCAUGGUUCCGGCUACGAUUCCCAUCGAACCUACACCUCCACCUGCCCCAGCUACUGCUGCGUUCACCGUACCGGCAGUUUCGGCUGCUCAAAUGCCGCCACCACCUAAUUUCCUCCACGAAAUAAUCAACUUACCCAACAUGCAGCAGAAUUUGUUGAGUUUGAUCAAUCAUCACCCUUCGCCAGCCUGUACGGUUUCCCACUCGGUACCAAAUUUGACCGCUGUCGCUACUCCGGCCAUUUUCUCAACCUUGAAUCCAGCCGGAGCGCUAGAAGCGGCUAAUUGGUCGACAACUUUGACCGGUGCAGGAGCCGAGGCUGCUCUUAUACCGACUCCGUUGCCUCCUCAGUUCCUUACAGCUGUACCUAAAUCUGCCGCUGCCCUCAUACCCAACUGGCCGCCGUCUAUUCCGACUUUCAUACCACCGAGCAGUAUUCCAACUGUGUUCACCAGCGAAUGCUGGCAAACGACAGCCAGUAUGCCUCACAGUUUCAUCGUCACCCAGGCAGCUUCCACACCCAUUGUAACUGGACAAAAACGUAAACUUUUACCUUCGCCCGAAAAGAGUCCCGAAGGGUCGUAUAUCGGUCAACAUUCUCAAGGUAUAGGAGGGCAUUAUGCCGAUUCGUAUUUUAAAAAGAAGAAAAUGUUUUGAACAUCGUUUUCGUCGCUUUCAAGCUGUUAUAGUGUAUAAUUGUCUUUUUCCCUCUUUUUUUACUCUGUCAACUUACUCUACUACGUUCCUUUGUGUAUAUGUUUGUUUUAUGAUUUUAAUCGUCGUCUCGUUUUAAAUCCCAAAGAGGUUUUUCUUUUCGCGCAUUUAUCUUUUUUUUUUUUUAUUCUUUCGAAUUUUCUUUCCUUUUUUUUUUUAGAUUACUUAAUUAUGCAUUUAUUUUACAUGUGCUAUUUUAAUUUAUUACUUUUUUUUUCUUUUUUCUUUAUCUUUAUGUGCUCUUUCUCUAUAAUGGAGUAUUUCAACUCGUUUCUCCUUAUCUUUGUUCUCUUUUUUUUUAUUUUUUAGCUUUUUCGUAUAUUUUUUAAUUUUUUACUAUUUCUUUUUUUAAUUUUAAAUAACUCGAGUAUUCUGUUUCAUUGUGUUUUUAUCGCUUCUGAUUACGUGAGCUUUUGAAUUUUUCAUCAGUAUUCGCUUGUCUGCUCUCCUCCUUUUGCAUUUAUUUCUCAUUUUGAGGUAUGUUUCAGAAAUUUUCCGAGGUAUCGGUGAAUUUUAAACGAAAUUGCGAUUAUUCUACUAUGGGAUGUUCUCUAAAUAUUUCGAUCAAUGCCCCAAAAAUUCUUCAACGAAGAACCUGCAGCCUUCUGUGAAUUUGAAAAAACCAAAGCACGAUAAAGCUCUAGCAAAUUUUCUUGACUAGGAACCCAGUUCUGAAGUACCUACCUAUACAUGAAACAGAAUUAAUCAUUCUUUCGUCUUCCUAUCUCUUUUAAUUUAUUUCACCAAAUCAACGUUAAAUUCUUACUCCUCGUAGAUCUGAAUCCAGGUUUUUGAGAACCUCCCCUCCUUUCUGAUAUAAGAUUUCCGAUAUUUUUCAAAAAAAAGAAAGUUUAUGUUUGUAACUUUUUUAUACACCUUGUAGGUAUUCGAUAAAGAAUCUAAUUCGUAUUAAGAACAUCGACGAUGAAAAAUUCAACAUCGAAUCAAAAUUUAUUGAUACUAAGAAGACUUCUGGGACAUAUUACUCGUAUGUUCAGCUUUUUUAGAUUUCUCCGCUUCUCUUGUCCAUUCUCGUCUCCUUUCAUGUUUCGUGUUAGGUCACAAUAUACUACAUAUACGUGAAUUUCAUUCGAAAUUGAAAUUCACUACGUGUAGUUCCCCCCCCCCCCCUCUAAUGUACCUAUAUCGAGUCGGAUACGUGUACAGGGUGUUUUAAAAAAUUCAACGAAAAUAUUGACCAAAUUUUUUACUUUCAUGAUAUACGUAUUUUAUUUUUUUUUAGAAAUAAGUAUACAGCCUAUUUCGUAAACAUGCAGUAUUUACUUAAUGCGUUUGUUUGUUUUGUUUCCUUUUUACAUAAAGCUCAAGUCCGCUCAUUCGUUAUUCCUUUUCCUGUGAUUUUUCUUCUUUUUUUUUCUUUUUUUUAAAUCAUCAGUUAUUUAAUACUUGAGAUUUCACUUUCUCGUAAAUGAAAAAAUUUUCAGGUAUUAUUUUAAACGCCCAUUUCUUUUUUCGUAACUUUAGAUUUUAAAAAUUGUGUAACUUUCAUCCAAUUGUGCUAUUUUGCUUUUUUUAUAGUGUAAAAAAAAACGCUUAUUACGUAAGAUUAAGAUUUUAGGGUAAGUUGAAAGCUUUCGAAAAACGUGAAGAUGCGCAACGAAAUUUUUAAUAAAGUUUGCCUCGCCAUCUCCGCCUUGCCUGUCGAUGACGGUUCGUUUAAAUUAUCUUCUUUUACGUGUAGUACCUCGUUUUAGGUAUUUUGAACGGAAAAGUGCCUCGUUCUGCGGCGUCCUUUCGGUUCAAAAGAUAAUUAUAGGAGUAUUUUUUUUUUCGAUUUUUGCUCACGUAUCUAACGUACGUAUUUUUCCUUUCUCACGUUUUUUAGCUAUUCACUCGACCCUUUUUUUUCUCGGUAUUCAAUUUAGCGAUAAAUUGCGCAUUUUCUGUUCAUUGGUUACUUUGAAUUACGUCAUUUUUGUUAGCUUUCGACGUAGUUAUUCCAAUUGUAUUGAUUUGGAGUUAAAUCUCAAUGCCAGUCACAUUUUGUUGGAAUUUCGAUGAAUAAUUAGAAAUCAACUCGGAGCUCUUUUUUUUUCAAUGUUUGGUUUUUAAAAUUCAAAAAGAGUGUAAUUUCGGGUAAUAUUGAGCAUUUUUGGUAGAAGGGUGGAAUUUUUUAAAAACCUACUUUGGCUGUAAAAUGACCAAAGGGUAUUUCCGGAUAAGAUAGGUGAAAUGCCCCUGUCUUCGGAUUUUUGAUUGAACAUUGUUGGGCACCUCUAAAAAAAAUUGUAGACCCAAAAAUUUGUCCCCCACCCCACCCCCUUGUUCACAAUGACAAAAAAACACCUUUUUGGGGGGAAAAAAUCGCACUUCAAUGAGUUUUGAAUAAAACAUUUUUGAUUUUACCCAAACUGUGUACAAAAAGCAUGGGUCUAUUCACAUGAAUUUUUUAAAAAAAAUUUCGGCCCCCCGGGGGGGGGGAGAUAUUGACCAAAGAAAAUUUGAAACCGCCGUAUCUCCGAACCUAAUUCUUGUGCACAACAUUUUUUUUCUUCUAAAAAUAUGUUCUAGUAAGGUAUUAUUUUUGGAAAUUUUUUGAAAUUUUUUCUCCAAGUGGGUCAUCUUCAAAAACUCAAAAAACUCUUCUAAAUGUUUUUUUGAGUCAUAGCACCGCCAAUUUUAAAAAAAUACUCAUAGUGAAGUUCUGAAGCUUUGCACGUGAAUCUCGAAAACUGUAGAAUAUGCAAAAAUUCCUCAAAAAGCUCAUUUUGGGCCCAUGGGCACCUCCCCACCCAAUUUUGGGUCUGAAAAAUGUUGGCAAUAUGGGUGUCGUUUUCAUAUAAGUCGAACUCUCUGAACACGAAUACGAAGUUGGAUUUACAAUUGGACCCUUCCAAGGGCUUCAUUUUGGGUGGGGGGGGGGUUCCUUAACUACAUGUCAAAAAAAUGUGCGAUUUUUUCCGCUCCCUACCUCUAAAGUGGUAACCUCUGGUGAGAAAAUUAUUCCCUAUUUUUUAUUUUUUCCAUUUUCGAAAAAUUCGGCUCAGGGUGCGGUGGGCCCCUCAAUUUUCAAAAAUUUGAAAAAAUCCUAAUUCAAAGAAAAAUUUUUAAAAUUUUAAAAUUGCAAGUUCCAUAAUUUCUAAAAGGUCCCUUUUGAGUAAAAUAGACUCUCAUGAUGAUUGGGGGUGGGGGGGGGUAAUUUGGCAUAAAAAUGAACCUUUUUAGAUAUUGAAGUGAGCAUUUUUGUAAAAAAAUCGACUUGAAAAAAUAAACAAAAAAAUUGCAUUUUGGCGGGAAAAGGCACGUUUUUGUCAGAAAAUUAUCACGUUUGGCGAAUUUUUUGAGAAUGAAAUGAAGAGAGCGCUGAUUAUUCAAAUUUGUGUUUUUUUUUCAGUUCCAUUCAGCUGACCCUUCUUCUCAUCAUUUCACAGAAAAUUAUGUUUCUUUCUGGCGAUUUGUGAUUGGCUUAUUUCACGUGUUUUAUCUUCUAUUUUGUAUGUACUUAUUCGAGUGUGUCAAAAAGAAACACCAGUGAAUUUAUAUGAUGUAAAAUAUGUGUAUGUAAUGUAUCCAUAUUUAUACGAGUGUAUUACAAUCAGGGUAAUUUUUAUGCUGAAAUGCUCUGUCUAGUUUUUGAAUAGGCCUACGUACAAGUAUUUCAUUUUAUUAUUUUUUUUUAAACGUUCUGUGUUGUGUUUGUGCAUUCUUUAACGUAGAGUUUGAAUCUCUCUAUCAUUGCUCGUCGUUGUACAUUUUUUAAAGCUUUUAUAUGUGUAUUACGUUAUGGACUUAUUACUUUUUCGCAUUUUUAAAAAUUUUAUUUCAGAUUUUAGCAUUCGACUUUACGAACAUUCCUUUCAUUUCCUUUGAACAAAAGUACCUAUUACUUAUUUAACUAAUCGAUGGCAUAUUGAAUAACUUUGAUGGAAUUCUCGAUGCCUUCGGAGAGUUAAAUUCCCAUUCCUCCGCUGGUCAAGUCACCUUGAUAGUAAUUAGUUUUGCGAUCAAAUUCGAGUUGAAUAUUCGUUUCAUUUAUAUUUUAUUAAUUCAUAAUCUGUGUUCUCUAAUCAGCUAGCUCACUACAUGAUUAUUAUAGAAAUUCUGAUAUUUUAUUAGCUCCUUCCACCGAUUUAUUAUUCUAAUUGUGUUUCGAAGUACGUUGUGAUAAAAGUGAAUAUUUUCAAAAAAACUUUAAUACGUUUAUGCCUAAACUUUCAUGUGUUAUUUUUUAAUUUAUAAACAAAAUGAUAAUUCGUAAAACGCAGGAUUAUUUUUGGAGACUGACGUAGAUAUUGAAUAUUUAAAUUUAAAAAAAAACUCUAAAAUUUUAUUCUACUUUGAUAUAAAAUUUAAGACUUUGAAAAUCAUGUUUGUGAUAUUAAUUGAUCUGUUUUUUUUUAUUUAAAACAUUGUUUAAAUAAUUAUUCCUCGUAUAAGAUUUUAAGUAAUCAUCACAUUCCCCUUCACCCUGUGUAACCUCCCAGCGUAGCAUUUUGAAACUUUUUAUGAAGUUGAACACGGUAGUGGCUUAAUUUUGAAGCUUUUCGAUUUCUAUUUAUGUACUAUUUAUAGAAUCGUACACGCAUUUCGUAGGCAUUGUAAUGUUACAUUUUUAAAAAGGUGUAUGAUUAAGCAAGCUUAAACUUUAGGUUAUUAAGAGCUUGAAAAAAUGGUGAAAUUUUUAUUUUCCUUAAUUUAUAAUGUUUAUAUACUAGUCACAUUUGUAAUUUUGUCGAACGAGAUGCAGUAUUAUUAAAGAAACGAAUUCUCUUAUAUAUUUGGAUAAUCUGCUUCACAGUAAGUUCAUUGAACUCUGGAAUAAAUACCUGCGAGUGUUUUCUGUAUCACGUGUUUUUGAGUGGGAAAUCGGUUUUAAAAAGGUAGAAAUUGAUGUAUCGAUGGAUCGAUGGUGUAGUGUGUGUGUGUGUUUUUCUAAAUAUAGGAAUGUAUGUUUUUGUCAUUUGUCAUUUUUUAAUUGGAGACUUGGGAACCAAGAGUAUGUGAUAAUGAUUUUUUUUUUCUUCAAUUUAUUACAAUUAUAUUACAAUGCAUCACUCUAAAAUAAAGUGUUUUAAUUCCUAUAGGUACCUAAUUUAUUGUAUUUUUAAAUCAAGUAUAUUUUAUACAGACAAGUUGAUCGGUAUCUAAACAAUUUUUAAUAUUUUGUAUUAAAGUUGUUACAAAUUA